AUGCAAACGGCGGUCCUUCAGAUCAAAAUUCCUGGUGUUUUAAGGAAUGUUCCAGAGGAAGUUUUUUUGGAUGUAUCUACUUUGCCCCAGCAGGGCGUUGGAGUCUUUGCGAAAAGCCCCGUCGAAGAGAGGACGAUCAUCGGACCACUUCCAGGUCGAUUGCUCAGCCCUACCGCAUGUACGAGAGAAGACUUGGACAAUGCGUGGGAGAUCUCCGAUGAGUGUGGACAAAUAAAACACGUCCUUGUAGUAAAACGUUCAACGGAACGGGACAGAGAUUCCUGGAUGACUCUGAUUCAAACAGCUCGAUACACUCAAGAGCAGAAUUUGGAAACUUUUGAAGCUGAUGGCGCCAUCUACUAUCGAGCUAUAAAGAGUAUCCAAGCUGGCGAAGAGCUUUUGGUGUGGUAUGGACAUUAUAUCGAACAUUGUUUUGGAUUGCCUUGCUUUGAAUCGCGGAAGAUACAUAAAAAGUGCCUAGAAGAGACAAGUUUCCCGGAGGAAGAGAGGAAGAAGGCAAAGUGCGUGAUCUGCCAUAAAGGAUUCAAUUCGCGGAGCAACCUGCGUUCCCACAUGCGAACCCACACUCAACAGAAGCCCUUCAAAUGUGACGUCUGCCAGAGGAGAUUCAGCCAGUCAUCUACGCUCAGAAACCACACGCGACUGCACACCGGGGAAAAGCCAUACAAAUGCAGUACAUGCAGAAGUUCUUACUCUCAACUCGCUGGGUUGCGUGCCCAUCAGAAAAGUUCUCAACAUCAACCUAAAUUGCAUCUUCCAGAAAUGUAA